UAGGUUGAAAUUGCCUACCUUUACCUUCUACAAGCUUUUGGUUUGGGUGUUGGCUUUGGCAGUUUGUUGUUUUACCUGUUGUUGAGCAACUGAAGUUGUCAUUAUGAAUUUCUAAAGUAUACGUUACUUUUUUUAUACCCUUCGCCUACAUUCCUGAUUAAAGCGACGAAAUAUGAAUCCUGUCACAUUGUUAAUCUUCACAUUCCUCAUUUUGGAAUCUCAUGCACAACUAUUAGCGUCGCCAAACAGUUUGUUGGGUCAGACAAGUUUGAAAACUGAAAAUUAUGAUCCUGAUGCCAUUUGUCCGAAAGCUUGGGUGCACUACACAACAUCAUGUUACAAAUUCAUUCGCAGCCCAAUCAAAACUAGGGAUGAAGCUAGACAGUACUGUCGUGCCUUCAAUUCUGAUCUAGCCAGUGUUAACUCGCUUGAGGAACACAGCUUCAUCACAACAUAUCUUAACAAACACGACCCCAGCCACCGAAUUUGGUACAUCAGUGGACGCCAACAAAGCCCUGGAGUUUGGGUGAAUGAUGGUGAUGGUACCACCAUGAUGAACCUUGACACUGCCUUCUUACCAAAUCAAGAAACAGUUUUUGAAAAAGACUUUUUGUCCUAUGGGUAUUCCCUGUCUGCCAGGCAGUGGGGCCUUUUGAGGGUUGAUGGAAAAGAUCCCCUGCUGCACAUCUGUGAAAUUGCUGUCAACCAGGUAAACUUACUGGAUGUGGAAGACAGAACUUUCCAGUAUGGAAUUGUUGUGAAUGAUAUCAAUAGAAUUCCACGCGGGCCUUAUUUUAUUCGGCAGCCAGUUCCGGUUGUAUUUGAUCUGACUAGAAGGAAAACUUUGAAUCAAGUGACUCUUAGCUGCAUCGCAAAUGGAUAUCCUACCCCUGAAUUCCAGUGGUACAAAGAAGAUUUCGAAAAUGAUCAACUCGUCUCUCGGCGAAUCGAUCCUCUUCAAAGUCAACGACACACUGUUAGUGGCGGUUUGUUAAUUAUCAACAAUCCUGAAGAAAUCCGCGACAGAGGCAAAUAUCAUUGUGUUGCAAGCAACCGAUAUGGCUCAAUUGUAUCCGAAAGCGUGCAACUGUCUUUUGGCUUCAUUGGAGAAUUCAAUCUCAAGCGAUCUUCAGAAAAUGGUCUUGAGCACUGGGGCAAAGCUAUUUAUUGUGACCCCCCACAAUACUUCCCCGAUAUUCAGUACUAUUGGGUUCGCGAUGUUUUUCCCAACUUCGUGGAAGAGGAUUCCCGAACAUUCGUUUCUUUUGACGGAAACUUGUAUUUUUCUUCUUUGGAAAAUAUUGAUCGUGGACGUUAUUCCUGCAACGUACAAAGCACUGUUUCAAGCAACGGUCGUAAUGGACCUUUCUUUUCGGUCGAGGUUCGUCAGCACCCCAAUUAUCAACAGCUCAAAUUCCCCAACAACUUUCCCAAGAGUUUUCCUGAAGCGCCUCGUGUCGGCGAAGACGUACGACUUGAAUGUGUAGCUUUUGGUUACCCUGUCCCUAACUACAACUGGACCCGCAAAGGAGCCCCCUUACCCAAAGGUGUAAUUAUUACAAAUUACAACCGAGUGCUUGUCCUUCCCAAAGUCAAAGUUGAAGAUAUGGGCGACUAUGUUUGCCGAGCCACUAAUGACAAGGUAUCUAUUGAGGGAGCUGUGACAGUUAGCGUCCAAGCCACGCCAGUCUUCACUAUUCCUUUGGGAGAUAUGCAUAUGGACAGAGGUGAAGAUCUCCUAUGGACUUGUGAAGCUUUCGGUAUACCCGAUGUCAAUUAUCAAUGGCUGCGAAAUGGACAGGUUUUGGAUCCGUUUACUCUUGAGCUAGCCGACCGUGAGCGUUAUGAAAUUCGAGAAAAUGUCCUAAUAAUACGCAAAUUAGAUCCAGAGCGCGAUCAGGCCAUGUAUCAGUGCAAAGCCUCCAAUCAGAUUGCUGAGAGGUACUCGUCCGGCCAACUUCGAAUCCUGGACAUAAAACCAUCGUUUGCAAAGAAGCCUUUAGAAUCUGAUAUCUAUGCUGCCGACGGAGGAAAUGUGACGAUUGCAUGUAAUCCAGAAGCUGCACCACGACCUAAGUACAUGUGGCGAAAGGAUGGUUUCACGAUUGGUUCCGGUGGAAGAAGAAUAAUUCUUCCUAGUGGACACUUGCUUAUCAAUCCCGUUUCGCUUGAAGACGCCGGCAAUUUCACGUGUAUAGCUGAAAAUAGAUUUGGUUCAGAUUCGAGUACAGGGCGCGUCAUCGUUUUACGUGGACCCGUAUUUAUAGAGGAACCUCCAAGCCGCAUUCUUACUACAGUAGGACUGACUGAACAACUCCGCUGUCGUGCAUCAGCAGAGGGGAUCCUUGAUUUGGCUUAUAUUUGGAAACACAAUGGCAUUACACUACGAUUCGAUUCGUCCCCUAUCGAUUUCCACGACAAUUUAGAAGCUGCUCAUUACAUCCGUUCGAGAGAUGGCAGUCUCGAAAUCCAUAAUAUUACAUUAGCUCAAGCCGGAGAGUACGAGUGCGUGGCCAAGACUUCUGUCGGUCGCAUCUCCACCAAAACUCAAUUGUUCGUCUAUGGACCUCCUGGUGCUGUCGGUGGUGUUCAAGUCUACGGGGAAACCUCAUCAGCCGUCAUCAGGUGGACUGAUGGCGCAACGAACGGCGAUCCGAUUCGCAUGUAUAUGGUUGAAGGAAGAACCAAUUGGAAUCAAACUUGGGCUGUACUUGCUAUGAACGCUACCGCCAAAGAUGUUGAUCGAUUGACAUCUCGGAAAGAGCUCCAAAUGAUGAACACCUUGUCACCGUUCUCUACGUACGAAUUCCGCAUAUCGGCUUCCAAUACGCUCGGUUAUGGACCUACAUCUAUUCCGUCACCAACAUUCAAUACGCGCCCAGAUCGAAUUUAUCUACCUCCUUCUAAUGUUGGUGGUGGUGGUGGAAAAACUGGCGAUUUGACCAUCACUUGGACACCUUUUGUCGGCCAACAGCAGAACGCCUCUGGCAUUUAUUACAAAGUAUUCUGGCGUCGCCUGGCUGGUGUUGAUGCGGACGUGACCGAAGAAUCGGAAUACCAGUCUCAGAUUGUAAAAAAUUCGCGUGUAGCCGGCCUUUUCGUUGCCACUGUCGAUAGAAAUCGCCGUUACUACUACACCCCAUACAAAGUUAAAGUGCAAGGUUGUAAUGAUGUGGGAUGUGGUCAGGAAUCUCCAGAGGUCUCCAUUUAUUCAGCCGAGGAUGUGCCACAAAUUGCUCCAAAUCAAGUGGCUGCUCGAGCUUUCAACUCGACCGCAUUAAACGUGACUUGGUUACCUAUGGAUCUUUCUCGCAAGCAAAUGCGAGGCAAGAUGAUUGGCUUCCGUAUCAAGUACUGGCGCCGACAGGACAAGGAAGAUGCUUCCGUCUUUUAUCUUAGUCGAAGCACCCGAAAUGAAGCUCUUAUCGUCGGUUUGAUGCCUGAUACAUAUUACUGGGUUCGUGUUAUGGCCUACAACGGAGCAGGUGAAGGACCACAGAGUGAACGUUUCUUGGAACGUACGUUCAAGAAGGCGCCGCUCAAACCUCCUACGACAGUGCAAGUGGUGGCCGUGAAUCCUUCAACAGUGCGUGUCACAUGGCGUUACGUUGCGCCCAGUAUCGAAGAAGAACCUCUCAUUGGGUACAAAGUCCGCGUCUGGGAGAGCGACCAAGACAUGUCGACGGCCAACGAUACAUUGGUUCCUCUUGGACGCAAACUGGAAGCGUAUGUCACAGGCCUUUCUUGGGGCAAACGCUACAAUCUUCGAGUUUUAGCUUACUCUCAAGGAGGUGACGGUAAAAUGUCCUCGCCAACUUGGGUUUUCAGAAUGGGUGAUGAUAGCGAUGUGAAUUCGUCCGUCCCUUUGAACAUGGCCAUAUUUGUGUUAUUGGCCAGUGUUAUUUUAUCGAUCUGCCAGACUUUUACAUAUAACUUUGCAUUGUACACAUGAUUUUUUUCCUGCCAUCCAUUGAAAUGGAAAAAUCUCUGCCUUUUUGAGUGAUUUUUAAGUGUCUUUCUCUGCAUCCGUCCAUUUUUAUCUCAAAGCUGUUUUUCUCUACCAGCACCGAAAGGGACAUUAGAAAUUUCCCUGGUUUUCUCGAAGACAGUAGAUUUUUAAGGAAUAAACUGACCUUAUCGAUUUA